CCGGUUUCUAAAUUAAACAUCGAAUUCUAAUUUCCCCUGACCAGAACCACCAACGCUUUGAAAUCGAAACAGACACAGAUAUCAUCAGAACGAAGAACUUCAGCCAAAAUCUGAUUUUUCUCUGUUUCACGACAAGAAAUCGAAUUAACGAAAUCUAAUGAAACCUUCAAAAUCGCAUCACAAGGAGAAAACCGCUCGUCGGAGAGAGGAGAAACUAGAGGAAUCCGAUAAUCCAAAAUACAGAGAUCGUGCUAAAGAAAGAAGAGAGAAUCAAAAUCCUGAUUAUGAUCCAUCAGAGCUUAGUUCUUUCCAUGCCGUUGCUCCUCCCGGAGCUGUCGAUAUCCGUGCUGCUGAUGCACUUAAGAUAUCUAUUGAGAACAGCAAAUAUCUUGGAGGUGAUGUUGAACAUACCCAUUUAGUUAAGGGUUUGGAUUAUGCUUUGUUGAAUAAAGUACGAAGCGAAAUCGUUAAGAAACCUGAUGGUGAAGAUGGUGAUGGUGGGAAGACUAGUGCGCCUAAGGAAGAUCAGCGAGUUACUUUCCGUACCAUAGCUGCAAAGUCAGUUUACCAGUGGAUUGUUAAGCCUCAGACUAUCAUCAAGUCUAAUGAGAUGUUUCUUCCCGGUAGAAUGACAUUUGUCUAUGAUAUGGAAGGUGGCUAUACCCAUGACAUACCGACCACGUUAUAUAGGAGUAAAGCUGACUGCCCGGUGCCCGAGGAAUUUGUCACAGUCAAUGUUGAUGGUUCUGUGCUAGAUCGAAUUGCUAAAAUCAUGUCAUAUCUUCGCCUUGGGUCGUCGGGGAAAGUUCUCAAGAAGAAAAAGAAAGAAAAAGAUGGGAAAGGAAAGAUGUCAACUAUUGCUAAUGAUUAUGAUGAAGACGACAAUAAAUCUAAGAUUGAGAAUGGAUCUUCUGUGAACAUAAGUGACAGGGAAGUUUUACCUCCUCCUCCGCCAUUACCACCUGGGAUAAACCAUCUGGAUUUGAGUACGAAACAAGAAGAACCCCCUGUUGCCAGGACAGACGAUGAUGACAUAUUUGUUGGUGAAGGCGUCGAUUACACGGUUCCUGGUAAAGAUGUGACACAGAGUCCUAUUUCUGAGGACAUGGAAGAAUCUCCCAGGGAUAAGGAGAAAGUAUCUUAUUUCGAUGAGCCUGCUUAUGGUCCAGUGCAGGAGAAGGUACCUUAUUUCGCUGAGCCUGCUUAUGGUCCAGUGCAGCCAUCUGCUGGUCAGGAAUGGCAAGAUAUGAGUGCAUAUGGUGCAAUGCAAACUCAAGGACUGGCUCCUGGGUACCCCGGAGAGUGGCAGGAAUACCAAUAUGCAGAGCAAACUGGGUAUCAGGAGCAGUACCUUCAACCUGGAAUGGAGGGUUACGAGGUCCAACCAGAAACCGAUGUUUUACUAGAUCCUCAACUCAUGUCGCAGGAAGAGAAAGAUAGGGGUUUGGGAUCGGUUUUCAAGCGUGAUGACCAAAGGCUUCAACAGUUGAGGGAGAGUGACGCAAGGGAGAAAGAUCCAACUUUUGUAUCCGAGAGUUAUUCAGAGUGUUAUCCAGGUUACCAAGAGUACAACCAUGAGAUUGUCGGUAGUGAUGAAGAACCUGAUUUGUCUAAAAUGGACAUGGGUGGAAAGGCAAAGGGUGGUUUACAUCGAUGGGACUUUGAGACAGAAGAGGAAUGGGAAAAAUAUAAUGAGCAGAAGGAAGCGAUGCCAAAAGCGGCGUUCCAAUUCGGGGUAAAGAUGCAAGAUGGUCGAAAGACAAGGAAGCAGAACCGUGACCGUGACCAGAAGCUCAAUAAUGAACUUCACCAGAUCAAUAAGAUACUUACGAGAAAGAAGAUGGAGAAGGAGGGUGGGGAUGUUGCUUCUUUGGAUGCCGCCGAGGCACAAACUCCUAAGAGAUCCAAGCAUUGAUUUGUCUCUUGUCUACUCCAGUCAUUCUCUCGUAAUCUAUUUUGUAUCUUCAAGUCUGUUUAGGUUUUUGGUACCUUGAGUUCAAAUUCUUAAUUUAGAAAAGAUUUUACGUCCAAA